AUGGCCGAUGAGCCGCCUAACAAGCGGCCAAAGAUGAUCCGGGACCCUUUUCAGGGUCCCUCGGACUCCGCGGAUGGGUUCUCUAACCUUGACAUGUUCGACCUUGAAAAGGACCUCCCUGAUGAGUUGAUGGGAGGCUCUUGGGGCGAACAACCCGGAGUCACAAAGCCCCCUGCACAAGGGCCAGGGCCUGGAGGGCAAAUGCCCCAGCAGCAGCUCAAUGGGGAUGACCCUACAGCUGCUGGUAUACACAGGCAAAUGAACAAUCACCUUCUUCAACAAGGCAACAAGAGUGGUUUAGUGGGCCACAACAAUCCUUUAGGAUUGAAUAAUUUAGGUAGUAAGAGUCCAAACUUACAAUCACCUCCUAAUGUAUCUGUAUCAAAGGACCUAAUGGGUGGUUUACACCCCCAAUUAAUGCCAAAUACGAGUCAUCCAAACCAGCUCCACUCCAAUAUGCCGAUGAGUUCCAUGCCAGGUGGGAUGAACGUCGCAAAUGUCGGCGGAAAUAUGACAGUGACGAACAGCAAUAUGACAACAGCUGGAAUGCUAAGCAGUGGACUUAUCAACAGUGUAAAUAAACAGUUACCUACUUUGAUGGGUGCUAACCAUCAUGCCACACCACAACACCAUCCACAUGCACAGGCCAUACAAAAUGGGCCGCUGGGUGGUCGUGUAGGAGUAGGAAUGGCAACACCAAACAUGCGUACGACGCUGCAGCACCAUCCACGCAUGCCGACACCUGGAGGCGGCGGACACCCGAUGGCGCCGUACCACCCCCCAUACGCGCAAUCAGCGCAGGGCCCAGGUGUGCAGCCCGUGGCUAGGGCGGCGGGUGCGGCAGGCGGAGUGGGUGUUCGCUUCGGACCGCCGGCGGAUGCGGGCGGUGGCGGGGCAGCACAGGCUGUGCCUCCGGCGCCGUCCCCGCAGACGCCUGGGGCUCCGGCUGGCGGCCAAUCUCAACCGCAGGCCGCCACUCAGGCACCCAGCUCGCAACCACCAUCCUCUUCGCAACCACCUACUUCAGGCUCCAUUGCUGACCCUGAGAAGCGAAAACUUAUACAACAACAACUUGUGCUACUACUGCACGCCCAUAAAUGCCAACGGCGCGAGUCCCAAUCCAACAAUGGCGAGGCAUGGCAGUGCACGUUACCACACUGCAAGACAAUGAAGGGUGUACUCAAUCAUAUGAUGUCAUGUCAGGCUGGCAAAAAUUGUGCGGUGCCGCACUGUUCCUCAUCAAGACAAAUUAUCAAUCAUUGGAAACACUGUAAUAAAAAUGACUGUCCAGUUUGUUUGCCACUAAAGCAAGCAGAUAGGACUAGAAAUAUGAACGUAGCGGGAGUGACACAUACGACAACGGGGGUUCCCGGCAAUGUAGGAGGUGUAAGCACUGUGGGUGGAGUAGGUAGCGUGGGCAACGUUGGUAACGUAGGAGCGGGUACUCUAGGCAGUGUCAACCCUCUCGCUGCCCACCCGUCUGCGCCUGCCCCCGCGCCCCCAGCGCCCAGCACACAGGGCGCGGACAUGAAGCGCGCCUACGAAAUGUUGGGCAUUGCAUGCCCCACAUCCGUGUCGGGCAUGGUAAGCGGCGGGUUCCCGCGUGCGCCACUGGCUCGCAUGCCCGUACGGCCGGGUCUUGACGCACCACCCAACAUGCCGCUGUUCGCGCCUCAGGGUCCGCCCGAACUGCAACAGCAGCAGCAACAACAGCAACAGCAAUUGAUGAGCGCCAGUAGUCUUCAGCUUCCAGGCGGAGCCGUAACCGCCAACCCUGUAUCUGGCACUAAGGAGUGGCACCAUUCCAUUACGGCUGAUCUCAGAAACCAUCUAGUUCACAAACUGGUGCAAGCAAUUUUUCCAACCCCAGACCCGACUGCUAUGUUAGACAAAAGAAUGCAUAAUUUAGUUGCCUAUGCCAGAAAGGUUGAAGGAGAUAUGUAUGAGAUGGCUAGUACUAGAUCCGAAUACUAUCAUCUGCUCGCUGAAAAAAUAUAUAAAAUUCAGAAAGAGCUAGAGGAAAAGAGACAAAAAAGAAAGGAGCAACAACAAAUGCAGCAACAACAACAACAGCAGCAGCAGCAACAACAACAGCAACAACAGCAGCAACAGCAACAACAGCAUCAGCAACAGCAGGUGGUACAGUUGCAACAGCAGCAAGCCGGCGUGGGAGUCAUGUCAGGGGGUGGUGUUCUGGGCGGCGCCGGACCCCGCGGUGCAGCCCCAGGGCCGCUCCCGCGACCUGCCCUUUCCGCUAUGAGCUCGCAACCUCCUCUUCCCGCCAUGCGCAUUCCGUCCCCCGGCAUAACGCUCACCAUGCCCGCCAACCGGAUGACGUUUCCGACGAACAUCGUCGGGCCGCCCGGGCCCAGCCCGAAUCAGAUGCCCAUGACUCCGAACGGAGGGAGCAUCGGAAACCCGGGUAUGUCGCCGUUCGGACAGCCGAUGACGUCCCCCGCGCCUCAGUACCCGCAACUGCAGUCCAACGGGCCGGCGCCGCUGGCGUCGCCCGGCCACCAGGGCGACGCGAAGGCGCGCCUGCUGGGCGCGGCCGCCAGCCCCUUCGUGAACCACUCCGCCUUCGGCACGGCCUCGCCCGCGCCCGGGCAGCCGCCCAGCGCCGCGCCCGCCACGCCCGCCACGCCGCACGCGCUGCCGCACGCGCACGUGUCGCACGCCUCGCCCGCGCCGCGCCCGCCGCCCGCGCCGCACCACCUGCCGCCCGCGCCGCUCUCCGCCGACGACAGCCCGGCUCCUGAUGAAGUGAGAAUAAAACAAGAGGCGGAAGAGGUUCGCAUCAAGGAGGAACCGGAAGAAGACUGCGGCGGAAAGGGCAUGCGAGACGAGACACCCUCGGAGAAAGACGCCGCCGACCACACGGACUUCAGUGUAAAAACAGAAAUAAAGCAAGAGAUAAAAACGGAAGUGAAGGAGGAGCCGGCGGAGAGCGCGGGUGGCGACGAGCGCGGCGCGCGGCGCCAGCUGGUGUUCAAGCCCGACGAGCUGCGCGUGGCGCUCAUGCCCACGCUGGAGAAGCUGUACCGGCAGGACCCGGAGUCCGUGCCCUUCCGCCAGCCCGUGGACGCGCAGGCUCUCGGCAUUCCCGACUACUUCGACAUCGUCACCAAGCCCAUCGACUUGUCCACUAUCAAGAUGAAGCUGGACCGAGGGAACUACCGCGACCCCUGGGAGUACGUGGACGAUGUUUGGCUGAUGUUCGACAAUGCGUGGCUGUACAAUCGCAAGAAUUCCAGGGUGUACAGAUACAGUACCAAGCUCUCUGAAGUGUUUGAGACAGAAAUAGACCCAGUGAUGCAAAGUCUCGGGUACUGCUGUGGUAGGAAGUAUACCUUCAAUCCUCAAGUACUGUGCUGUUAUGGCAAGCAGUUGUGCACGAUACCAAGAGACGCCAAAUACUUCAGUUACCAGAACAGUCUAAAAGCGUAUGGGGUUGUCUCCGAUAGAUACACCUUCUGCCAGAAAUGCUUCAACGACAUCGCCGGCGACACCGUCACGCUCGGCGACGAUCCGCUGCAGCCACAAACUGCUAUCAAGAAAGAUCAAUUUAAAGAAAUGAAGAACGACCAUUUAGAACAGGAACCGUUCGUCAUUUGUAUGGACUGUGGGAGAAAGCAGCACCAAAUAUGCGUGUUGCACCACGACCAAAUAUGGCCUCAGGGCUUCUGCUGUGAUAAUUGUUUAAAAAAGAAAGGAGGAAAACGGAAAGAGAACAAAUUCUCUGCUAAGAAAUUACCUACUUCUAAGCUUGGCAUUUAUAUAGAAACAAGAGUCAAUAAUUUCCUUAAGAAAAAAGAGGCUGGCGCUGGUGAAGUGCAUAUCAGGGUGGUUGCGUCGUCCGAUAAGAUGGUCGAAGUGAAACCCGGGAUGAAAUCGAGAUUCGUAGAUUCUGGCGAGCUUUGUGGCGAGUUCCCGUAUCGGGCUAAAGCGUUAUUUGCAUUUGAAGAAGUUGAUGGCACUGAUAUUUGUUUCUUUGGCAUGCACGUGCAGGAAUACGGCAGUGAAAGCCCGUCACCGAACACGAGGCGUGUAUAUAUAGCAUAUCUAGACUCUGUACAUUUCUUCCAACCGCGGCAAUACAGAACCGCAGUCUAUCACGAGAUUUUAUUAGGAUAUUUAGAUUACGCCAAGCAGCUGGGCUACACCAUGGCCCAUAUCUGGGCCUGUCCGCCUUCAGAAGGCGAUGACUACAUUUUUCACUGCCAUCCACCUGAACAAAAAAUACCUAAACCUAAAAGGUUACAAGAGUGGUAUAAGAAAAUGCUAGAUAAAGGAAUUAUAGAAAGAAUAAUUUUAGAUUAUAAAGAUAUUUUAAAACAAGCUAUGGAGGACAACAUCUCGUCAGCGGCGGAACUACCUUACUUUGAAGGCGAUUUCUGGCCCAACGUCCUUGAAGAGUCUAUCAAAGAGUUGGAUCAGGAAGAGGAAGAGAAGAGAAAACAAGCUGAAGCCGCCGAGGCAGUGUCGUCUGAGGAAAAUGAGCAAGGUCCUGAUGGUAAAAAGAAAGGUCAGAAGAAAGCAAAGAAGUCCAACAAAUCCAAAGCAGCGCAAAGAAAGAACAGUAAGAAGCAAAGUGACCAACAGCAAGGCAGUGAUCUUAGUGCGAAAAUAUUCGCGACUAUGGAGAAGCACAAGGAAGUCUUCUUUGUCAUUCGGCUCCAUUCCGCACAGUCUGCUGCUAGCUUAGCGCCAAUCCAAGACCCUGAUCCGCUAUACAACUGUGACCUAAUGGAUGGUCGCGAUGCUUUUUUAACUAUGGCAAGAGAUAAACAUUACGAAUUUUCUUCAACUCGUCGCGCGAGGUUUUCAACUUUAUGCAUGUUAUACGAAUUACACAACCAAGGACAAGAUAAAUUCGUUUAUACCUGCAACAGUUGUAAAUCACAUGUCGAAACGAGAUACCACUGCACCGUUUGCGAUGAUUUCGAUCUGUGCAUUCAGUGCUACGAGAAAGAAGGUCAUCCACACAAAAUGGAGAAACUUGGCCUCGACAUUGACGUUGGAUCAUCCCCAGGCGAUAUGAAGCAAGCCAAUCCCCAGGAAGCACGCAAGCUAUCGAUCCAAAGAUGUAUUCAGUCAUUAGUGCACGCCUGCCAGUGUCGAGACGCGAACUGUCGCCUGCCGUCGUGUCAGAAGAUGAAGCGAGUGGUGACACAUACUAAGAUUUGUCGGCGGAAGACAAAAGGCGAUUGUCCUAUUUGCAAACAACUAAUAGCGUUGUGUUGCUACCACGCCAAACAUUGUCAAGAGACCAAGUGUUCGGUGCCUUUCUGCAGUUCUAUCAAACAGAAGUUAAAACAACAGCAGGUCCAACAACGAGUUCAGCAAGCGAAAUUGCUGAGGCGGCGUAUGGCGGCCAUGAACACGCGGGCGAUGGGCGCAGGCGCCAGCUCGCCGCCUCCGGCCGCGUCGCUGGCCUCGCCGCCCCCCUCCAAGCCGGCGCAGCACGCUCUGCCGCACAACGUGCAGAAAGCGCUGCAGCAGGUGCAGGAGGAGGCGGCGCGACAGCAGGCGCCCUCGUACGGCAAGCAGGCGGCCAUGGGCCCGCCCGGCGGCGGCGUGGGCGUGGGAGGCGUCGGCGGAGUGGGCGUGGGCGCGGUGGGCGGCGUGGGCGUGAGCGCGGGCGCGCGCGCCGAGUGGGCGGCGCGCUACCGGGCGCCGCCGCCGCUGCACCACCCGCCGCACGCGCAGCACCACGCGCGCCUGCCGCAGCACCACGCGCCGCAGCACGCGCCGCACCCGCACGCGCACCCGCAGCAGUUGCAGCAACGGGCGCCGGCGCCUCAGCAACCGCAGACGCAACCUCAGACACAUCAAAAGGCGUUGCAGCAGUUAAUGGCGACGUUAAGAUCGCCGCCCUGUCACAAUCAACAACAAGAAAUACUCCACAUACUCAAGUCCAACCCGCCUCUUAUGGCCGCCUUCAUCAAACAAAGACAGAAUGCCCAAAACCAACAAGCGGCUGCCGGCAACGUCGGCGGCGUCACAGGCGUGGGCGGUGGCGGCGGCGUGGGAGGCGGCGCUGGGGUGGGCAAUGUGGGCCCCGUGGGCGGCAUGGGUGCCGUCAGCGGGGUGUGUGGCGUGGGCAUGCCCCAACAACAGCCGCAGCUGCAACACAUGAUGCAACCGCAACAGCAACAGAGGCUGCAGCAGAUGCACCAGAUGCUGCCCCAACAACAACAGGUCGGCAACGUAUCAGGCGUCGGCGGCGGAGGAGUGGGCAACGUCGGCGCCAUGAGCCACGGCGCCGGCGGAGGCUGGUUCAAGCAGGGCGCCGGAGUGGGCGGCGUAGGGGGCGUGGGCAUGAUGGCCAUGCGCGGCGCGUACGGGGCCGCGGGCGGCGGGGUGGGCGGCGUGGGCGGAGUGGCGGGCGGCGCGCGGCUGGGCGCGGUGAGCGCGCGGUACGCGUUCGGCGGGGGCGUGGGCGCGGUGAGCGGCGUGGUGUCGCGCUCGCCGCCCGCCACGCCGUCGCCGCGGCCGCCCACGCCGUCGGAGCUGCUGCUGCUGCGGCAGUCGCCCGCGCCGCCGCCGCCGCACGCGCCGCCGGACGACCAGCUGCCGCCCAUGACGCCGCAGGACCAGCUCACCAAGUUCGUGGAGCAGUUGUAG